UUCAACUUGCGACUACUUUUGAGCCUGAGUGCCUUUUUCAACCUUCACUCUAACCACUGUAGGGGCACCUUCAACCAGUUCCGCGGCGCACCGGCAGCGGAUUGAUCAAUACAAGUUACUAAUAUUUAUAUAUAGGAACACAUUUACAAAUACAGGCAUUAUGUCUCUUCUUACAAUUAGUAGGUUGGCCCAUAGGCUUCUUUGUUCAAAGAAUGCAGCAGGUGUUGCUGUGACUGCCAGAAAUAUUAGUGCGUCCACAAAUUUGAAAGAUGUCUUGGCAGAUCUCAUUCCCAAAGAACAGACGAGAAUCAAGAACUUCAGGCAGCAGUAUGGCAAAACCAGCAUUGGCCAAAUCACUGUGGAUAUGGUUUAUGGAGGGAUGAGAGGUAUGAAGGGCCUAGUAUAUGAGACCUCUGUGCUUGACCCUGAUGAGGGAAUUCGUUUUCGUGGCUACAGCAUUCCAGAGUGUCAGCAGCUAUUGCCAAAGGCUGCAGGAGGUGAAGAACCACUGCCUGAGGGACUCUUCUGGCUGCUGGUCACAGGCCAGGUGCCCACUGAGGAACAGGUGAACUGGUUGUCGAAAGAAUGGGCUAAGAGGGCAGCCCUCCCCUCCCAUGUGGUCACAAUGUUGGAUAACUUUCCAACCAACCUGCACCCUAUGUCCCAGUUUAGUGCUGCUAUCACUGCUCUAAAUAGCGAAAGCGGCUUUGCUAGAGCCUAUUCCGAGGGAGUCCAUAAGAGCAAAUACUGGGAGUUUGUGUUUGAGGACUCCAUGGACUUGAUUGCCAAGCUUCCCUGUGUGGCGGCUAAGAUCUACCGCAACCUGUACCGUGAGGGCAGCAGCAUUGGAGCCAUCGAUCCCAACCUGGAUUGGUCUCACAAUUUCACCAACAUGUUGGGCUACAGUGAUCCCCAGUUUACUGAGCUCAUGAGACUCUAUCUCACCAUCCACAGUGACCAUGAAGGUGGUAAUGUCAGUGCCCACACCAGUCACCUGGUGGGCAGUGCCCUAUCUGACCCUUAUCUUGCCUUCAGUGCAGCCAUGAACGGCCUGGCUGGACCUCUGCAUGGACUCGCUAACCAGGAGGUGCUUGUGUGGCUGACAGCCCUCCAGAAGGAGCUUGGUGGUGAAGUGUCAGAUGAAAAAAUGAGAGAUUACAUCUGGAAUACACUAAAAUCUGGCAGGGUGGUGCCUGGCUAUGGACAUGCUGUCCUGAGAAAGACAGACCCACGCUACACAUGCCAGCGAGAGUUUGCCCUGAAACACCUUCCUAAUGACCCCAUGUUCAAGUUGGUGGCUCAGCUCUACAAGAUUGUGCCCAACGUGCUGCUGGAACAGGGCAAGGCCAAGAACCCUUGGCCCAAUGUUGAUGCCCACAGUGGAGUACUACUGCAGUAUUACAGCAUGACUGAGAUGAACUACUACACAGUGCUGUUUGGAGUGUCUCGGGCCCUGGGGGUGCUGGCUCAACUGAUUUGGAGCAGAGCACUGGGCUUCCCUCUGGAGCGUCCCAAGUCCAUGAGCACGGAUGGCCUUAUGGCCCUUGUAAGGGCUAAGUCAGCCUAGAGACAACAGGCCAAUAUAGUUAAGAAGAUGGGGUGCAGAAUGUUUAGUUGUGAAAUAGUCUUUGGACUAAAGAGUUUAAAGAGAAAUUCCACUUAAAUUAAAAAGGGCCAUUAUUAUUCAAUACUGUUAUUGUUAAAACUUGAGACAUUCUCCAAAUUUAGUUAAGUACUUGUGACUGAUUUUCCUCUUUUACAUAUCCUAUACCAAUUCUGAUUGAUAACCUGCCGGGGCAAAUAUAUGUAAAGAUACAUAAAAUAAGGAAAGGUGCUGAUGAACAGUAAUUAAUUAAUUACUAUUUUAGUGAGUUACUUGAUUUGUGUGUCCGUACAACAUUUAUUGGAAUAAACAGACAGUUUUCCCAAUAAAGAGACAGGUUUUCCCCCACAGCCAUUGUAACAAAUCCUAAGUAUUUGCCCUUUUAAAAUAAUUUCUCAUGCCUUACCUGUAUAGUAAUGGAUGAAAACACAUACAUUGCCCUUCAAAACCUCAACCUAAAUGGUAUGACCAGGCAUCCUUUCUCCAGGUUAUAUAUCAAUCAUUUCUCCUGGUAAUAACUCCCAAACUGCCAAAUGGCCUUUUCUAAAUUUAAGAUAAAUUCAAGGGUUCACCACUUCUGCACUGAACGCUGGGCAGAUCUGUCAAAAGCUGAGUAUGAUGGUACAGAUUUAAAGCUUUAAAUUUUUUCAUAAUAGAUUGAUUUCAUUGGCUUGUAGUUUUCAUUAACAUUAGUGUUAUUGUCCAAGAGCAUGCUGAAACAGCAGUCAGAGCAGCCAGUGCUUUCACUUUGCUGGGCCCAAAAUUAUUAGUUUUUAAUAUAAAAAGAAAUGCUUGUUAGUUUGGACUCUUUCAUUUUUAAGUCUACAAACCACAUGUCUUCUUAGGUGUAGAGUUCUUUGGAUUUCUAAAUUCUAUACAAAAAUAAUUAACUGUGAGUACAUAAUUUGUGAUUUUAUUUGUUUUGUAAAUACAUAUAUUUAAAUAUAUGUAAAUACAUACAUUAAAAGCUGUAACCUAUAUACCCUGUGCAUAGGGUUGAGUUUGUUCUCUGGGAUGGCACAGGCUGGUACUGAUUUGUUUCAUGUUUGCUUGAAGGUGAUCAGUGGUUUAGAUCCUACUGCUCUGUCAACUGACAGGUCUGUAAACACUCCACACACUUACAUGAAGACUUAUUUUCAGUCUCUUUCCCUGUCUUUAUAGGUUUUCACAAAUCCAGAGGUUUUAUAAACAAGUAUUCAAUGCUUUUUUCCUGUAGUUUUUUUUUUUGGUCAUGAUCACUGUAUCCUAUCAGGUCUGCAUUGGAGAGGACAUGAAUUACUCAAAGUAACUAAUGAACUAAGGAUGUAGAAUGGGGACAUUUUGGUUGAAUGGAAAAAGAUGCUUGGUUAAACAAAAAAAAUUGGGGUGGUUUUGAGGGGGGCAAUAAAUGUUUUUAACAAAA